GGACUUGAGCCAGGGCCGCGGCCUGUGGGGCCGACCUCGCCGCCGAAGCCGAGUGCGGGAUGCGGCCGGAAACGGCGCGGGCGGGCAGGGGCCGCGUGGGAGACGCUGCGAGCGAGAGGGGGACGCCAGAUUAAAUGGCCAAGACAGAGGAGUGGAAUUAGCUCUUGCUGUGGAGAUUACGUUUUCUUCUUAGUACCUGUCCCAUGAAAGAUGAGGUGGCUUAUGAAAGUGUAAUGUUCUCUUAUUUCUUGACAGGCCACAGUAUACACAGGUGUUCAGGAUCCAUUUGCCAUGGAAGCCAGGGAGCUUGGGAGCCUCACACCCAACUACCAUCUUAUCCCUGAGGCUGGCCAGCCCAGGGUUGAAGAAGAUGUCAGCCCACCACCUCAAGCGUCCUCGGAAACUAUGCAGCUGAAGAAGGAAAUCUCCUUGCUGAAUGGGGUCAGCUUGGUGGUGGGCAACAUGAUUGGCUCAGGAAUCUUUGUCUCACCCAAGGGUGUACUGGUGUACACUACCUCUUACGGGUUGUCCCUGGUCGUGUGGGCCAUUGGUGGGCUUUUCUCCGUUGUGGGUGCCCUAUGCUAUGCGGAGCUGGGGACCACUAUCACCAAGUCAGGGGCCAGCUAUGCUUAUAUUCUAGAGGCCUUCGGGGGCUUUAUUGCCUUCAUCCGCCUGUGGGCCUCACUGCUAAUUGUUGAGCCCACCAGUCAGGCCAUCAUCGCCAUCACCUUCGCCAACUACAUCAUCCAGCCCUCCUUCCCCACCUGUGAUCCCCCGUACCUGGCCUGCCGUCUUCUCGCUGCUGCUUGUGUGUGUCUGCUGACGUUUGUGAACUGCGCCUAUGUCAAGUGGGGCACACGUGUUCAGGAUGCGUUCACAUAUGCCAAGGUCCUAGCGCUCAUUGCCAUCAUAGUCAUGGGCCAUAUUAAGUUGUGCCAGGGAUACUCUGAGCACUUUCGGGAUGCCUUUGAGGGUUCCUCCAGGAACGUGGGAAACCUAUCUCUUGCCCUCUACUCUGCCCUCUUCUCUUACUCAGGUUGGGACACCCUUAAUUUUGUAACAGAAGAAAUCAAAAACCCAGAAAGAAAUUUGCCCUUGGCCAUUGGGAUUUCUAUGCCAAUUGUGACGCUUAUCUACAUCCUGACAAAUGUGGCCUAUUACACCGUGCUGAGCGUUUCAGAUGUCCUUAGCAGCGACGCCGUGGCUGUGACAUUUGCCGACAAGACGUUUGGCAUGUUCAGCUGGACCAUCCCCAUUGCUGUCGCCCUGUCCUGCUUUGGGGGCCUCAAUGCAUCUAUCUUUGCUUCAUCAAGAUUGUUUUUUGUGGGCUCCCGUGAGGGCCACCUCCCGGACCUUCUGUCCAUGAUCCACGUUGAACGUUUUACACCCAUCCCAGCUUUAUUGUUCAAUUGCACUAUGACACUCAUCUACCUCACUGUGGAGGAUGUUUUCCUGCUCAUCAACUACUUCAGCUUCAGCUACUGGUUCUUCGUAGGCCUGUCUGUUGUUGGACAGCUCUACCUUCGCUGGAAGGAGCCAGACCGGCCCCGGCCCCUCAAGCUGAGCCUGUUUUUUCCCAUCGUGUUCUGCAUAUGUUCUGUAUUUCUGGUGAUUGUGCCCCUCUUCAGUGACACCAUCAAUUCUCUCAUCGGCAUCGGGAUUGCCCUCUCUGGGGUCCCUGUCUACUUCUUGGGUGUUUACCUGCCAGAGUCCCGGAGGCCACUCUUCAUUCGGAAUGUCCUGGCUGCUAUCACCAGAAUCAUCCAGCAGCUUUGCUUUUGUGUCCUGACUGAGCUAGAUGUAGCUGAAGAGAGAAAGGUUGAGAGGAAAACUGACUAGAGGCCAGAAGUGACCUCCCUGAGGCCCAGAAGGCUGGCACAGCCACCAAAGUCCAGAUAAUAAGACUGUGUGACCCACCCCCCCCCCCUACUGGAGCCUGUUGACCUGUAUUAUAAAAGGGGACUCAGGGCCAAUGCUCCCAUUGGUAAGCUAUGGGAGGAGACUUAGGGUCUGGGGCCAGCCUGAAGCUGAGGACUUCCAAGGGUGAGGGUAGGUUGGGGAACAGGGGAAUGGUCAUUUUGCUCCUGGUGAGUAGAUACAACUCCUAUGAAUACUUGCUUGGUAAAUUGCAGUGGGGAAAGAGACAGUGAUAACUAUGGCUAGUGGUUUUUGAAUUUGGUAUUUGAGGUUUGAACCAGGGGUUUUUCCAGAAGAGCUGCUUUAUGGGAGGUUUUCCCCUGACCAGGUCAAAGCACCUGGCUUUAGAGAUGUAAAAGGCUACCAUUGCAUUCUCUGGCUUAGAAUCCUUCCCUGGAGAGAGGGUUGUAUUCCAUUAUUGUUAUUUUUUGGUUGGGUGAAGCAUGAACAGCAAAGCUUCAUUUAACUGAUGUUGGAACAGUGUAUCUCCUGCUUCCUGAAUACUCCAAGAGGAUCACUGUUCCCUGCUCUGGAACUUCACGCUCAACAAUCAAUCAGCCUGCAGGGAAGAAAUCACUUCAGGGUCCCAGAAGUGCCCAUUGAAGGGCUAUGCUGUCAAGUUUGGCUUCUCACUUGUGGGUCCAUAUGCUGCUGUAGAUUUGGGCAAGAUGGCUAGAGAGCUUCUUAAUGUUUCUCAAGACCUCCGGAUCCACCUGAUCCUCAGCAAGUCACUGUCCAGUAAUUGUAUCCACCCUAUGCUGCUCACUGGCACAGCAAGGAAGACCUCUGCUGUCAGCAAAAGGACUGCCAUUAUGCUCUCUUGCUCCUGGAGUAUACCUCGAAUCAAGCCUAGCAUGUCAAACCUGGUGUUGGUUUCACCCUAGACAGCUCCAGUUAGCCCACAGCUGGGGUACCAGUGUUGUAAUGGCUUGACCUUUUGCUUUUUCCAUAUCUGAACUGGGUUCUCUUUUUGGAUGGAAAAGAGUCUGACUCUUGAAGUUUGAAGAUUUUUAUGUUUAUUUUCUUCUUCUCUCGUUACCAUUUCAUUUACUCAUAUUACUUUUUGUGUUUUGGCAAAUUUCAGGUGUGUCUGAAUAGCUUCUGCUGUUAGUUUGUUUUUAUGAUAUUCAUGUCAGCUGUUGCUGCCUGUUCCAGGGCCUGUUUGUUUCCUCCAAGGGUGAAAUAGUCGAGCCAGUUCAACUUGCACAGUGCCUUGGGGAGCUGCAGGAUCUUGGUGUUGUACAGGUUAUCCACUGUGAGAAGUUUGACCUGUCUGAAUUUGCUUGGAUCAAAUUUGCACUUCAUGGUUGUAGUCCUUAAAAAAAGGAGCUGAACUUCCUGUUCCCCUAACAAGUUGGUCUUGGCCACCCAAAUGCCAUCCUUCCUAAGUGGAGCCAUGG